ACUCUCCAGCAAAACGGAUUAAGGAGACGAAACCUGUCCCGUCAGCGGAUUUGAACUGCGCGAGGACUCAGAUUUCCACAGGGAAAAUAUAGUUUAUUUAUAUGUUUAUUUUUAGAAUUUGGCCUUAAGAAACUCCGAACUCUGUAACCCGUCACCAUGGGUAUCUCAGAAGUACUUAACAAACUUCGAGAUCGCGCAGAUAAAUUUCUAAAUGAGAAAAACAUGGUUACAGAUUUCCUUGGAAAACUGGAGGAGAAAACGGGAAUCAAGAAAAAAAUUAUUGCCCUAGGUGCCGUGUCUCUGACGGGACUGUAUUUGGUAUACGGCUAUGGCGCCUCCCUCCUCUGUAACAUGAUUGGAUUUGUGUAUCCUGCAUAUUACUCAAUCAAAGCCAUCGAGAGCACAAACAAAGAAGAUGACACAAAAUGGCUGACCUAUUGGGUCGUCUACGGAAUCUUCAGUUUGGCGGAAUUCUUCUCUGACAUCUUCCUCUAUUGGUUUCCUUUCUACUAUGCUUUCAAGUGCCUGUUCUUGUUGUGGUGCAUGGCCCCCGUCACGUGGAACGGCUCUCAGAUUCUGUACAACCGGGUGGUGCGGCCCUUCUUCCUCAAGCACGAGGCCACCGUGGACAGCAUGGUUAAUGACCUCAGCGGGAAGGCCAUGAAUGCAGCCGAGUCCGUCACCAGAGAAGUCCUUCAAUCACUGGUGAAAAACAAGACUAUAGUACCACAAGCAUCAGGGGCCAAAGGCUUACCCAGCACAUCAGGGGCCAAAGGCUUACCCAGUACAUCAGAUGCAUCAGGGGCCAAAGCCUUACUCAGCACAUCAGAAUCAGCUAAAAUUAUCAAUGAGUUGAUCUACACUGAACCCACUGUAGACUAAUGACCAACAGGUAGAGGCAUCCCACCAAGACAAGUCUCAGUGAUGGUACUGAUGACAGCAAACCAAACCAUGCCAGGUUCACAGGAAAGACUUCGGGUUUCCAUGUUGAAUUGCAAACUGCUGAACCACUAAUACUUAUGAUUGGAAAACAAUGACACAAGUCUGACAGAGAUUGAGAUACCAUUACACAGACAGGUAACGGGACAGGAAAAAAACAUAACCAAGGUAAAAUUCUGCUUUAUAUCGACCAAAACCAUUGCAACUGAAAAACACUUCACAUCUUGAAGGUUGUGGGUGGUUAGUUGAAUGGUAUGCAAUGUCUGAUAUUUUGACCUUAUCAUCACCUGAUUAGAGUAACUGAAUUUAAACUGGUCUUUGGUUUACAAUCAAUGCAGUGUCCUUGUCUGCAGGAGUGUGUGGGCUCAAUGCUUCAACAAUAGCCCACAGUGUUCUGGUCUUGGACUUCAUUGCUUUAGUUUUCACCGUUGUUCUUUGUUUCUUUUUGGACAUGUUUUUCUCUCUUUGUGUCUUGUAACAGUUUUGUAUAGUCAGAUCUAGGCCAUAUGAAAAUGAAAUUGACACAUACCUCUACUGUAAGUUAGAAAUGCAUUGGGUCUUGGAAUCCUAGUGAUAUUGUCCAAUGGUAAAUACUAGUACUGUGUAUUUAACCAAUCAUUUAAGUUGAAGGAGAAAGGGUAAUAAAUGGUACGUCAUGAGUUAGGUAAUUAAGUUAUUUCAAAAACAGUCCUUUAUUCCUUUUAUUAUACAUGUACAUAUGUUGUACUCUCAAAAGGACGUAAAGUAAGUUGUACCUUGUGUAUCAAUAAAAGUGUCCUCUUCUUAUUCAGUGUAUUGCUUGUCAUUAUGAUGAUCACUGAUUCUUUGGCAUGGAUCAUAGGAACUAAUGCUGCAUUCAAAGCAACUGGGAACUCUGAAAAAUACGAGACAAAUCAUGACGUCAGUGAUCUUUCGGUCGAUGAGUCAGAGCUCUAAAAAUAAUUGUGUGAAUUGUUUGCUGUUAAAGACUGUGUGAUAACCUCUAUAUGCAAUAUUCCAGUCAAGGGAAAAGUAACAUACCUUGGGAUUACCAUAUCGAAGGAUCAACAGGAAAGAUGCUCAUUAGAUGAAAAAAACAAAAAGAAGUUUAAUCAUUGGUUUCAGAGGGAUUUAUCCUUGAUAGGUCGAGUAUUGCUUUCUGAAGGUAUCUCCACACUUACUUAUGCAGCCCAGUCCCUAUAUCUUGACAACAAAAUAGGUAAAACGGUUGACCAGGUGCUUUUCAACUUCAUCUGGAAAAAUUGUACACAUAUUAGGAAAUCUGUCGUUAUGAACUCGUAUGAAUAUGGUGGUCUCAAUUUUUUAAAGAUUUUCCUACUUUGAAUAAUACUUAAGAUAAAUUGGGCUAAACAUUUUUUAAAGAAUCCAACUUCAAAUUGGAAUUUCAUCCAUCAUUAUAUCUUCUCCCAUUUUGGUGGCCUCAAUUUUAUGUUACUUUGUAACUGUAACAUUGAUAAGACUCCUGCAAAUGUAACAGUUUUGCUUCCGUCCCUCUCCUCGCCCCAGGGACCUAAAUCAACAACAGCCACCCUCAAAGCAUCGUUACCCAUCUCUCCACAUUAGCCAUGGCCUUUGCAGGGCAAGGGGAACAACUACUUCAGGUUAACUAGCUAGCCAUUUCACAUCGGUUACACAAAAUUAUCUGCUUUUCAUAGAGAAGUAUUCUUAGCGUGGUCAUUAAUAUAUAACCAUAAUUGUUCCCCGCAUAGGUAUUUCAUUUGUUUCAAUAAGGACAUUUUGUAUAGAAACAAGUCUUUAUUUUUUAAGAACUGGUUCAAUUAUCAUAACCUGCUGGUGAGUCAACUUUUUAAUGCAGAAAGAUUGUCACUCAAUUAUGAGGAAUUUUUAUCUCGUUACAAUAUCCCUGUAACACCUAGAGAGUUCGCCAUAGUCUUUGAUGCUAUUCCAUCUGGAACGCUCAUGUUAUUUAGAGGUGUAGCCAGACCUCACCUUCAUGACCUACCCUCGCUUAAUCCAGUUCUCUUCAAUAGGGAAAAUAUGUUUCUCCUUCCUCCCUCAGAACAACAGAUCUAUACGUGCUUUAUUUCAAAGGGAUAUUGUCUUCAUUCCUUAUGUCACAAGUUACUGGAAUACAUUGGUCACUAAUAUCUGUUGGAAAAAAGUCUGGUUAUUACCACAUAAAUACUUGCUCGUUAACAAGGUCAAAUAGGUCUCUUUCAGAAUGAUCCAUAAGUAUUACCCUGCGAAUCAUUACCCGAAGAAACUCAAAAAAAAGACAUUAACAUUGAUUCUACUUUUGUUUUGAGCAUCCAGAAACAGUUUCACAUUUACUUUGGCAUUGUCUACAUGUAAAACAAUUACGGAAAGAUAUUCAGUUUUAUAAUUGUUAAUAUUCUUGAUUACUUUUGUUUGUUAUGGGUGAAUGUGCUGCUCGGUUUCCUUAACCAUAAUAAAGAUUAAAACAAUUUGACCUCAAAUAUAAUUGUGCUAAUGGCAAAAUGUCAUAUUCAUAAAUGUAAAUUCACUAAUAAAAAAAAACACUUCCGUGUUUACUAUAAGGAAUUCGAGCAGUACAAUAAGACCAUUCCACAUUCUUCUAAGAAAGUUGUUAAAAGAAGCACACAUAUGGAUUGUUUUAAGGUCUUUGUAUAAUCUGUAAUUUGUUGUACCCCCUAGCAUGUUAUCAUUGUCUAUGUAUGUACUUCUUGUAUGUAUACAGAGUGUUCUACAUUAUAUAAAAUAAAAUGAGCUCUAGAAAGAGCCCGAGUUCCCGAGUUGAAAGACCGUUCAAAUCGAUGUUUUCCAGUCGGAGCUUGUUUCUUUCUGAGUUCCCAGUUGUUUUGCCCGCAAUGAAGUCGGCAGUACGAGAGUUUUGAACGCGGCAUUUGCUUGUCAGAACUAGACAUUCGGAAAUGUCCGACAUUUCCUAGUUCCGACUAGCGCCUGAACUCGGCAAAAGCAUUUUAGAGGAAAGUGCUCUAGUCGUCAUGAUUGGUUCAACUUCUAAAUUGCACCAGGGCAAUAUAUACAAUUGAAUGUAUUAUUAUGAAUUAAUUUUUUUCUUGCUAAAAACAUAGUAUUAAAAAUACAGCGAACAAGGUAAAAUUAUAUAUAUAUAUAUAUAUAUAUAUAUAUAUAUAUAUAUAUAUAUAUGAGCAAUGACGUGUCCGUCUCACACGAAUGACGUGUCAACUUCAGCUCCACGCACAAUCCGUUGUUUAGCCUCUACCUUUGUAGCUAGCUAUGAAUAUUGUUUCAAAUUAUGUUGUAUGUAGAGUUAGCGACGUUUGCCCGACAGCUUGGUGAAAUUGCACGGUAGAAAGUAUUCAGUUAACUACCAACAGAGAAGUGGUACGUUUAGAAGACCCCGCAACACCAUUGGCUUGCUUAGGAAAUCAGACAACACGACUCUGAUGCAAACUGUUUCGUAGCUACAUGUAUAGACAUAAUAUUCCACGGUAUCAUUAUUCCAUAUAGUACGCUCUGCAGAAUGAAUAUCAGCAUGGGUGCCAAAAAUAAGAAGCGAGUGGUACUUCCAAGUCGACCAGAUCCGCCCACUGUGGAGCAAAUUCUUGAGGACAUCAACAGAGCCUUUUCGAAUGAUCCAGUCUUCAACGUCCUGGAAGAUGGCAACCAAGAUACCAAGAGGGGGUCCUCAGACAAUGAAGCAGAGACAAAGUACCUUCAGAGCCGCAGGUACUUGGAGAUGAAUGAGCGGCUUCAGGAGGUUAGAGGUGAACUUGUGCAGCAGAGGGAGGAACUGUGGGUGGCCAAAGAGCAGUUGGAGAAGAGUGUGGCCGGGGUCAAAGGGAGAGCCCUCUGACCAGUCUUCCCUCACACCUCAGGGCUGGGGGAGCACAUUACCUCAGUUUAAACAGAUUCAUCAGGAAUUAACUUGGCUUCCUUGAGUCAUGCCACCUCAAUCUCGCAGAGGGUCUCAUAGCAGAAAAUAGAAAUUGGACACAACAGAUUGUUGUUCAGACUCAUUGGAGUUUAAAUGUGUCUCCAUAAAUUGGUGUGACUUUUCGCGAAAUGUUAAAGCAAAUUAGUUGUCUACAUGUUCUGUAAUGACAAUAAAAUAAUUAUUUGUGAACAAAUAACUUUUUAAUGUUCAAUAACACUGACAUGUGCAGGAGUCAGGCUACGGCUCAUAUGAAUGUUAUAUUUUAACUUAAAGGUCAUUAUAUAGUUAAUGCAAUGAUCAAGUACAUGUCAGUGUAGAGUAUAUAUUUGUUUCUUAAUUAGCUCAGAAAACUGUCAGUCUAUGUCCACGUUUCAUUGGCAUGAAUGCAUGUUUAGUCGAUUAUAAUUGAAAGCUCAUAUUAUAUUGCUUUGAUAUAUUCAAGAAAAAGUCAAAUGAAGCUUUAAGUCAGCCAGGAAAAUGAUACACGUCCACAAUUUAUUUGAUGAGAAAAUGUAUUAUGAUGACUUUCAUUCCUUGGCCUAUAUCACAUGGUACCAUUUGCCUGUGGCCCUGUUUAUACAUGGCAUGAGAUUUCUUCUACCCCAUAUCUGAUCUGCUAUAAUCCUUCUUUCCUUUCACCCCAUGGUCCAACUUAAUUUAGCCUAUCCUAGUUGAAGCAAAGUGAGUAAUAUCAAAAUGACACUGAUCUCACAGGAUACCUAAUUGCUAAUACAGUAUUCCAGUUCCCGAGUCAUGGCUGAUCCAAAUCGGCUUUCUAUUCCACCUUGGGAGGGAAUUUCACUAGACUCGUUCACAAAACUUUCCGGUGCUUUCAAGCAUUGAAUCUAACUUUACGUAAUUUAAUGCCAGGUAUAAACAAGGUCUAUGACGUUCAUGGUGUACAACCUUGGAUCUUUUAAUCUGAUUCGUAACAUACAUUAUACAACAUUUCCGUUGUAAGAACCUUUACAAAAGAUUUAAAGAAUACUGUCUUGAUCUUUGACAACUUUCCUAUGUACUCCAUUGUCACUACUAGUCUUUAAGGGCUGUUUAUACAUUAUCAAUGGCAAUUGUGACAAAGGGGCUUGGUUAAUUGCAUUACUCAAAUGCUUUGGAAAUGUUACCUGACUCAAUUUAACAUUGUACAUUAAAUGAGAAUAAACAGCUCUUAAAUUCCA